UUAAUCUUCCUCGCCAUUGCUUUCGCCAUUAAGGUCCCUGUUUGUCUGUUCCUUACGUAUUUUGGCGUUCGUCCUUUUGCCCGAUACCUUAGCGGCUUUGACGAGGUUGCAGACGUGACGGCGAUAAUGUGGCGUACAAUUGACUGGUGCUACAUCUUUUACGCUAUGUUUACUAUGCUAGCGACGAUCUUGUUAACGACGCGACCAAAAUGGUACUUUUUGCAAAGUUUAAUAAGCAAUACGCUUUACGUGUUACUUUGGGCUAUUGUAUGCCAGAUAACUAGCUUGUCAGCUAAUAAGGCCUGGACGUAUUACAAUCUUGUUUUUGGUAAAAAUCUUGUUUUUAGCUUCGUCGAUAUUUGCGUCGUAGAUUGCAUUUGGAUUUGGACCUUGAUGACAGGCAGAAUAAGGUUAAAGGUGUUCAGGGAUUAAGCAACAGGGGGACUAUUAUGUAAAU